AGGAGGAGGGGGAGGCUGCAGGAUGGCCCUCUUAGCAAAAGUAGCAGUACCCGUUAUGAUGGACAUUCCUUCUCCCGCUAGUGGAUUGGAUUUCUCGCCGAGUCACAGGCCUGAGAAUGGCUGUGAGGGAUCAGAGCUGCCAGUAUCCCUGGAGGAGCGGAGUGAUGGUGAGAAGGAGCGGGACUGUAGCCGAAGCUGUCCAAGCCGCUUUAGCAAGAACUCUUUUCUCUGUGUCUCUUCCCAAGGCAAGGAUGUUGCCGCUACUGCUCCUGAUACCAAGGAGACGGAGGCAGAAUUGCGCCUGUUUUGGCUUUCCCACCACAACCCCCAGCAAUAUAGGAAGACAGGGCACAUAGCCAAAGAAGUGGAGAAGCCCAGGGCCAGCACGGGAGAAGCCAGGCCUUCCCAGGGGAGGCCUCUACAACUGCAGGAUGCAUGCAAGAAGAAGGGAUUUGCAGAGAAUGGGCAGGAGGUGCGGGAAAAGAAGGACACUAAAACUCCCCACUCAGAUGACAUUGUGCAGCUGAUCGAUGAGCACGGGGUGUAUUCCUCAGCCAAGCUGGUGCCCGCCACGGAGGGGGCACGCUCGCCAUGCCUGCUGCAGCAUUUGGAGGGCAGCGGUGCGGAGGGGGAGGAGUUUGAGAUCCGGCAAGUGAUUGUGGACGAGAAGCCAUUCCAGUGUGCCAUCUGCACCAAGGCUUUCAAGAGGGCGUGGGAGCUCUUCAGCCACGAGGUGGUGCACAAUGAGGAACGCCCCUUCCGCUGCCAGCUAUGCCAGGCCUCGUUUAAGCGCCAUUCCGACUUCAAGAGCCACGCCCUCGUGCACACGGAAGAGCGCCCCCACCGCUGCGAGCUCUGUGGCAAGCGUUUCAAGCGGGCGUCCAACCUAGCCGAGCACUGCCGCAUCCACUCGGGGGAGCGGCCGCACCGCUGCGCCGCCUGCACCAAGCGGUUCAAGACGCCCUACGAGCUGCAGCGGCAUACGCUGACGCACUGCGCGGAGCGGCCCUUUGCCUGCGGGGCCUGCGGGAAGGGCUUCGCCGCAGCGGGGGCCCUCCUCCUGCACCAGCGGCAGCACUGCGACGACAAGCCCCACGUCUGCGGCGUUUGCGGCAAGCGCUUCGCCUACGGGCACAGCCUACGCGUCCAUGAACGGGUGCAUACAGGGGACCGGCCGUUUUCCUGUGCCCUCUGUGGCAAGGCCUUCAAGCAGUCCAACGCCUUGGCCUCGCAUGAGCGGGUGCACACAGGGGAGCGCCCCUUUGCCUGCCCUACCUGCGGCAAGGCCUUCAAGCAGUCGUCGUACCUGGCCAUCCACGCGCGCUCACAUACCGGCGAGCGGCCCUACGCCUGCGGAGCCUGCAGCAAGGCCUUUGCGCGGCCCUCCCUCCUCCUGCAGCACCAGCGUGUCCACAGCACCGAGCGGCCCCAUCGGUGCCAACAUUGUGGCAAGCUGUUCAAGGACUUGGCCUACCUGGCCGUGCAUGAGAAAGUGCACACAGGUGAGACCCCUUACAAGUGCCCCGUCUGUCAGAAGGGCUUUGCGCAUCCCUCCAACCUGCUGCAGCACCAGAGAAUCCACCGGGAUGGGUAGGAAAAAUGUUUUGCCAUCGGAUUUGCUUUAUGUACCUGGACUUAACGGACACAAUUGUGCGAUUCACAUGUGCUCCCACCUAUAUUGGCAGCGGUGUAUGCAUUGUGAUGGAUGGAGAGUUCCAUUUGCAUGCCCUUUGCGCAGUCUCCAAACCAUGCACCAGCUUUGCUGGCCAUGCAUUGUACACAAAUGCACUAUUGGUUCAUUCAUCCCUCUCUCAUAGGCAUCUGAGUAUUUCACACAUCCUGUUUAACACAGAAUUCAGCACCCUGAGAAUCUCUGCUGUUCUUGUUCUUUCUCCUGCCAGCAAGUUACUAGUCCUUAAGACUACAGAGAUAAAGAGUCAAAACUAUGAGUGGUUGAAUUUCACAAAUCAUAGUGUUGGGUUGAGCAGGACUUCCAUUGGUCAGAAGGCAGGAGCUUCAGUGCUCUGUGUAGCCCUUGGUCCUUCUCAUUCACUAGCAGUAACUGAAAAAAUACAGGUGUAAUGUAAGUAUAAACAUUUGGGUUAAUUUACAUAAUGCACUCUUAUUUUCUUUAAAAGCACUGCCCUGGUUUACAUCUCAUUGCAUAUUUUGCAAGUGCUUAUAGAGCUGUGGAAAAAGUAGUUUGAAGGUGAUUUUUAUGAAGGUGUGCAUAAAUAACA